UAAGAAUCUUUGGGUUUUUUCUUCAAGAACGAGAUGAACGACCGCAAAACCCUACUCAAAAUAAAAAUAGAAGAAGAGCAUCGAGCAAGGGAUCAGAUCCGCGUUUCUCCUACAAGGUCUCAAAUCGUAGUCACAAACGCAAACGCAUCUUUAACUGGUUCGUCAGAGGUCGCGUUUAACAUAUGUUGCUUAUGUGUCUAUUGUCCUCUUUGCGUUCUAUGGUGCUGCAUCAAACAGCCUUGUACAAUCGGAUGGCGAGCGAUCCUAAAGGCUAGAAGCCAGUUAAGCCGCUGCACCGGCUGUGGCAAAAGCUAUAGUAGGAGGGUUAAAGCCGCAGAUUAUUCAUCGUUUUCGGAUAUUGAUUCAGACGAUGUGAAUGGCAGAGCACAUAAUCGCUCAAAACGAAACGGCUGAUUAUAAAAUUUUUGUUGGCUUUCAUAUAUUCACAAACUUUCCCCAUGCUCUUUUCGAUCUUCGACUUAAUCGUUCUAAACGCAGACGGAAAGCGCUGGAGUUGACUUCUUAAAGAUUAGUGGAUGCAAAGUCUUGCGAUUAAAGUCUAUACUAUUAUGGUAAUAUAAAAAUUAAGAUUUUGUUGUGAUAUACCAAAUAUGUAUUAUUAUAUAUUAUUACAUUGUGAAGAACAAGUUAUCUUCUUUUUUCUACAGAAAGGAAUAAAGUCUUGCGAUUAA